GCCCAAGAGGGAUAAGGGAGAGGAGGGGAGAGUUGGAUAUUGCGGAUGAAGAGGAGGAGGGACAUUGGGAAGACAAAGAGGACUUCGAUGGAGGCGAGCGCCAUGAGACGGAUGUAGCGGUGUACGUUGAGCCCACCACCUUGGUUCUUGAGAAGCUCGUUGAACGUUGA